AUGGGAGAUGAAGACAUGGAAUCGGUUGCAAGCUCCUCAUCAUGCUCAUCAAUCGUCACAUCCGAUGAUGGAUCGUCUGAUUCAAGCACCACUCCGGCCAACAAGACGCGCGGUAUUCGAGUCCCUCCAGGGUAUCAAUCCAUUGCCCCUUCCUCCAAUCCAACUUCCGCGUCGGUCUCGGCUCUAAAUACCCAGGAAAUCGAUUCAGGUGACUUAUGGGUAGUACGGCUACCUAGAGGGGUCAAACCCAAACAUUUAGCCGGCCUACAACUCGACCUGAGCUCUGCCGACACCCCAGACCUUUCGCGUGGAGGGCCGCAGAGCAUUGGCGAGGUCAAGGUGGGCGAUGUCGAGUACGAUGUGUUUGCUGAAUCGAUUCCUCUCAUCAAGAACAAUCGCAAAUCAGCUCUUCCAAGCCCGCUCGAGCUGUCACCUGAAACGAACGAAAUCUCACGGCUCACACCCUUGCUUCCUAACCAAAGGAAAACCCCGCAAGAAACUCACGUCGUGCUAGCUUCGCAGCGGAUAUCCAGGUCGAUUUUUUUUCGGCGAAGAGUUCCAAAUAGUGGGGAAUCGACCAAGCAGAGUCUCUCGUCGAUCUUGACUGAGAAAGACUGUGUCGUCACAUCUACUGCCAAGCGACCACAGCCUCCAGGACUCGAACUUCGCAACAUUCCCUAUGGCGCGAACCUAGAGACGGGCGAGCAAGACGCCGGAUCCGCCGCUCAGGUUCCUGCAGCUGCUACUCCUAGCCAUCCAACCUCUUCGAAGCACAAAUCAUCAGAAACCCAGCCACCGCACUCCGCGAAACGUCCUAAACUUUCCAAACGAUCUUGA